GGCUCCUAGAAUAAAAGUUUCAGAGCGAAUGGCACUGCUGCUUUAACCGAAUGUAUCCAGCCAAAAGCUUCUCACAUUCAUUUCCUGCUACUGGUGCUGCUGCUGCGUGGCAGGGAAUCCAAAGAUAGAUCAAGGGGAAGAAAAACACAAUAUGAGAACCAGUUGAAAAGUAGAGUGGGAUUUCAGCUCCCGGAAAGCAAAUGGAAAGCUGAGCCGAUGCAUUGUGUGAUAAAUUAUUCCAUCCCCUAGUUGAUGAAGGCUUUCAGAAGGUUGACCCCUACUGGAAAAAGCAUUUCAAUGUCCUGCAACCCCCGCCUUUUCUUAUUCAGCUUCUUAAGCUUUGGUCUAACAAGAAACCUUGCAAGCAGCCAGAACAGUACGCUCUUGUUUGCCAAGGACAACAACGUUCGAAACUGCAGCUGCUCCAGCGACAUCAAGAGCUGCGAGUACAGCCUGGCCAACUUGAUGUGCAACUGCAAAUCUGUCUUGUUCCAACGAAAUAGAACCCUGUCCAGAAUCAGUUACACCGGUGACCUGGUGGUCUGGUUCACGGACACAUCCAUCCUUGGCCAGUUGCUCAACUUUACCUUUGUGCAUGAUCUCAAGCUGUCAUUAUGUGGGGCUUUGCCUCUCCCAACAGAUUACCUGGCUAUCAUUGGCCUCCGACGAUUAGAAAUCCACACUGCCAACUCAACUGAGCAGAGGCUGGUCAUAUACAACCAUGACAAGAAACCCAUGGACAAGACCUCCCAAAACCCCAGCGAAAAGACAUCCUUGUUGCACAUUUCAUAUCUGGAUACCUCUCUUUUUAAUGGACCAUCCUUAAAGGCCUACAGUGUGGAGGAUGUUUCCAGCAUUAAUGAACAGUUUCCAAACCUGCCAUACCCCAACACAUUCUCUGUAACAAAUAUGAGCUACAUUGUAACACUAAUCUACUGACACCUAGGCAUGGAGUGACUGCGCAAUGGCAGCCAAUAAAUAGACCCUAUACUACGGAUGUCAAACUCAGCAGUGCAGCUGAAGUUAUCUAGAACCCUCAACAUCUCCCAACAGCUGAGAACAUGAUGCAUAUUACAUCAUAUAUUAUUAGUUACUAGGCUAAACCAGGGAUCUUCAAAUUGUGGUUCUUAUAAAUAAAUAAAUCUCAAUGUGCCUCAAGAGUCAUGGAAACAGAUGAUUCACAAGUGGAAGAUACGCACAUUGAAUUCUACUGAGGCCACCUAUGCUAUGUUAUACCCAUUUUACCCAUCAUUUUUGACUGGUCAUCCACAGGUUGAUAACCAUUGAGAGAACUGUCACCUGAACGUUUAAGUUUCCAUCAAUACAUACUGAUAGGACAGUGUUCUCCA